AUGGAACCCAUUGCCAUUAUAGGAUUGGCAAACCGUUUUCCGGGAGGAGCCAGCACUCCUGCAAAGCUUUGGGAGGUUCUCAACAGUAGACGAGAUCUCUCUAGGGAGCCAGACGCAGAUCGACUCAAUCUGCAAAAGUUCUACAAUACAAACGGAGAGCAUCAUGGAAGCUCUAACGUCACCAAGUCUUAUUUCCUGGAGGAAGACCCUCGCGUAUUUGACACCACGUUCUUUAACAUCAGCCCUUUAGAAGCGGAAGCCAUGGAUCCCCAGCAGCGGCUUCUUCUGGAAACAGUUUAUGAGGCCACCGAAUCGGCAGGACUGGCGCUGGAAAACUUCCAGGGCUCACGAUGCUCGGUGUUUGUGGGCGUAAUGACGGGUGACUAUGAGACGAUUCAGUAUCGUGAUACGGAAGCUUUAUCACAUUACACCGCAUCUGGCACGUCCCGUGCCAUUUUGGCUAACCGCAUAUCAUACUUCUUCGACCUGGCUGGAUCUUCCAUUUGUCUCGAUACAGCAUGUUCAUCGUCCCUCGUGGCGAUGCACCUCGCCGUCCAAGAUCUCCGGAGUGGAACGGCAGAAACUGCUAUUGUCGCCGGCACAAAUCUCAUAUUUGGUCCGGAUAUGUACAUCAGCGAAUCAAAACUGCGCAUGCUUUCGCCAACGGGCAAAUGCCAAAUGUGGGAUGCCUUGGCAGAUGGAUACGCUCGAGGAGAAGGCGUAGCUGCAUUACUUCUCAAACCAUUGAGCAAAGCUUUGAGGGACAAUGAUCCUAUUCAAGCGGUGAUUCGCCACUCGGGGGUGAAUUCUGACGGCCGAACUCCAGGAAUAACGAUGCCGAGUGCGACGGCACAGGCGAAACUAACCACCGAGACCUACCGAGCCGCAGGAUUAGAUCCGUUGAAGCCGGAAGACCGCUGCCAAUAUUUUGAAGCACAUGGCACAGGAACUCAGGCUGGUGAUCCGACGGAAGCCAGGGGAAUUUUUGAAAGCUUUUUCUCCAAAGACACACCACUCACAGAGCAGAAACCUCUUCUUGUGGGUUCUAUCAAAACUGUUAUCGGUCAUCUGGAAGGCUGCGCUGGAUUGGCAGGCGUCAUCAAAGUGCUGCUUGCGAUGAAGCAUGACACAAUUCCCCCCAAUUUGCAUCUCAGGUCAUUGAACCCUAAGAUAAAUCCUCUCAAGGAUGUCUUGAAAGUUCCGACAAAACCAACGCCAUGGCCGGCAACGGUUUUAGGACAGCCAAAACGAGCAAGUGUAAACAGCUUUGGCUUUGGAGGCACGAACGCUCAUGUUAUUCUGGAGUCAUAUGAAGCCCAGUACAACCCUGGUGAGCAGAAAGCUAUCAGAAAUUCUGAUAAGCCUCUCACUACACCCAUCGUCGUGAGCGCAAAUUCACAAACAUCGCUCCUGGAGAACAUUAGGCGGUUGAGCCAGUACCUCCACGACCACCCCAAGAUAGAUCUCCAGAAUGUGGCUUGGACUCUGUGGGCACGAAAAAGCGGUCUCGGUUUUCGCAAAUCCUUUCACGCCACCUCUCGAGAGCAACUUCUAAUCAGCAUGGAGAAGGCGAUUGCAGACUCUGCCGACGUACAGCCAUCUUUAGGAGUUCCGAUAUCUGCUCUCGUAUCGCCCUCUGAGGCACUUGGUGUCUUGGGAGUCUUUACUGGACAGGGUGCUCAGUGGCCUGGUAUGGGCAAAGAUUUGUUGAUCCAAAGCCCCAUCUUUAGGGGUGCUAUCGAAGAAUGCGACAAAUCGUUGUCGAUGUUACCGGACGCGCCUUCAUGGUCGUUGAAGCAAGAGCUGCUUGCUGACGCAUCUGCCAGCCGCAUUUCUGAAGCAGAAAUCGCUCAACCUGCAACUACUGCCAUAGAAAUUGGUCUUGCUCGAAUGAUCGAAGCUAGUGGUGUCAAGUUUAGUGCCGUGGUUGGACAUUCGUCGGGAGAGAUUGCCGCGCUUUUUGCUGCCGGGAUUCUGUCCUUAUCAGAUGCUAUUCGAAUUGCCUUUUAUAGAGGCCUUUAUGCGAAACUCGCUGGAAAGGGCUCUAUGAUGGCAGUCGGAAUCAGUAGCGAGGCUGCCAUAGACUUCUGCGCUCAAGAGCGCUUUAGAGGAAGAAUAGGCCUCGCUGCCAAAAAUUCACCAUCAAGCGUCACGCUUUCCGGCGAUGUGGAUGCGAUUCAAGAAGCCAAGGAGGUAUUUGACGACGACAAGGUCUUUGCACGAGUUUUGAAGACGGAUAAGGCAUAUCAUUCGACGCAUAUGGAGGCUUGCUCUGAUGCCUACCUUCAAGCCAUGCAAAAAUGUAGCAUCAAGGUCCAGAAACCUGGGAGUUGUAUCUGGGUGUCGAGUGUCGAUGGAAAUGCAGACCGGUUCUGGGACAAGCAAUUCGACGAUCUAAGUGGCCCAUACUGGAUUGAGAACAUGGUGAAGCCAGUUCUUUUUGCAGAUGCAAUUACGGCCGCUCUCACCAAUGGCGGACCAUUUGAUGCAGCUGUCGAAGUUGGACCUCAUCCUGCGCUAAAAGGCCCGGUUAAUCAGACUGUAAGGCCACACCUGGGCAAGCAGCUUCCGUACUAUGGAAGCAUGAACCGGGGAGAAGAUUGUGUCAUCAGCUUCAUGCAACUUGAGGGCUUCUUCUGGUCAAACUUCGGUGCCAAGUUUUUGGACUUCGACGGAUACCAAAGAUGUUGGCAGGAGAAAGUUCCCACCCCUAUGAUGAUCAACGAUCUGCCGGCAUAUGCGUGGGAUCACGCAACGCCCAUUUGGCGUGAAACGCGUCUUUCAAGAAACUAUCGACUCCGUGACGCCGGCGGAAACGGUAUCCUUCUUGGUCACCGCUGUUCUGAUGAUUCAGACUGGGAACCAAGAUGGCGUAACUUCCUCAGCUUGAAGGAGUUACCUUGGCUGCGAGGGCACUCUUUCCAAGGAGAAGUUCUGUUUCCUUCCGCUGGAUACGUGGCAAUGAUGCUAGAAGUGGCAACUUUCCUUGCUAAAGACAAGCCGAUGUCUUUGAUAGAAAUCAAAAACCUGACGCUUGAACGACCACUAAAAGUAGAAGAAGGACCCAGGCCAGUAGAAAUGUUGACGUCCGUCAAAGUAGUCAAGAGCGGCGAUAACAUUCUCUUGGCGGAAUUUUCGUCUUAUGUAUGCUCUGAUUCAACUACAGGCAAGGUAGACAGGACUUGCACUGGCACUAUACUUGUGUCAUUGGGCGAAGCAAACGAUACCCAACUACCCUGUAGGGUCCGUCCUUUGGCAUCAACAGUUCCCCAGGUUGACGUCGAACGGUUCUACAGUUCCGUAGCAGAUACUCGACUUGAGUAUGAGGACUUGUUCAAACGAUUAAACUCGCUGCGCCGCGUUGAUGGUGUUGCCACAGCGACAGCAUCAUGGUUCGCUGAAGAGAUUGAGUAUGGUGAUUUAUAUCACCCCGCACUGAUUGAUGUUGCACUACAACCGGUUUUUGCUGCGUUCAAUGCCCCAACCGCCGAACGGCUAUGGACCGCGUAUCUGCCUCAAAGCUUCGCCAAAAUAACAGUCAACCCUCGAAGACGACUUACUCCGACAGCUGGCGGGCAAAUAGAGGUUCUUAUCGACGCUUUCACAAACGAAACUUCUGCAACAAAAAUUAGCGGUGAUGUUAGUAUUUACUCUGCAGAGGAUGAUUAUAGCCUGCCAUUCCUCCAACUUGAGGGCAUGACGCUAGCUGCUCUUGGAAGACCAGACGCUUCCAAUGACCGUCUAAUCUUCGCCGAAGCCAAAUGGGAGGCAGAUAUUCUGAGUGGUUCCGAAUUUGCGAUUGACUAUAACCCACCCCAGGAUGUCGCCGUUGAGGAAUCUGAGCGCGUUGCUUUGUUCUUCUGCGAAAAGCUCUUGAGUGAGGCGGUGAAUGUCGGUAUUGAGAACCUCAAGCCUCAUGAGAAAUUGAUGGUUGAGCAGCUUACCACUCUCACCGAUACUCUAAAGAAAGGGGCUUACCACAAAUGGGCAAAAGACACGAGAGAGACGAUCAAUUCAUUACUGGCAAAGAACAAGGAACAGGUCGACUUCGAGCUCAUGCGUAUUGUGGGAGAUGAGGCUGGCAGCGUUUUCCGCAAUGAAAAGCAAAUGGUUCACGUCUUGUUCGCGGAUGACAAAUUAAGCCAUUUUUACCGCGAAGGCCUUGGUUUACGAAAUGCCCAGCGACAAGUCUCAGCAUAUAUCGGCGCGAUAUCUCAUCGGUACCCGAAAGCAAACAUUCUCGAAUUAGGGGCUGGUACUGGUGCUACGACAUCCGCUGUUUUUGACACUAUCGGCGACCACUUCGGUUCUUACACCUUCACAGAUGUAUCUUUGGCAUUUUUCCCCGAGGCCCAAAAGAGAUUCUCGGAACAUGUGCACAAAAUGAUGUUUAAAAAAUUGGACAUCGGCCAGCCAUUUGAGGACCAGGGCUUUGACAAGCCGUCUUACGAUGUCAUUAUUGCUGCAAACGUUUUGCAUGUAUCUGAUGAUAUCGAGGCCGUACUUCAACGUGUCAGGGCUCUCUUAAAGCCAGGAGGCUUUCUUGUUGUGACGGAGCCUACAUCUGAUCAUUUGAGAAUUCAAGUAAUUAUGGGAGGCCUCGAGGGAUGGUGGCUUGCACGCGACAACUGCCGACGCUUCGGACCAGUAGCCACAAUUGAGACCUGGGAUGAGAAGCUUCGCAGUGUCGGGUUUACUGGCGUCGAUCUGCUGAGCCACGAUCAGAAAGACGAAGAUCUGCAUACCUUCACAUCUUUUGUCAGUCAAGCCGCUGAUUAUCGAAUUCAUGCCCUCCGUGAACCGCUUGACAAUGUUCACAUGCUGCCAGACUCAACCAACUUCGUCAUCAUUGGAGGUUCAACAUUUGCAACCUCGAAAUUGGUCCGUUCUGUCCGGGAUCGAUUGUCGUCUUACGAAAACCAUGUCGCUACUUUCUCAGAUAUUCGAAGCAUUAGCUCAUCCGAUUUGCCGGCUAAUCCCUUCGUGCUCUGUCUUGCCGAGUUGGAUCAGCCAACCUUUAAAAACGGCGUUGACGAAGCUGUCCUUUCAAGCUUCAAAGAUCUCUUCCAGAAGUCUAGAGGCAUACUCAUAAUCACGAAAAAUGCUUCUCUGUCGAAUCCUUUUUCGAACAUGCUAGUUGGGCUUUGUCGAGGUAUACGGGCGGAGAUGCCAACUCUUGGAAGCUGUCUCCAAGUUGUGGACCUAGAAGGCACUUCCAAGCCAGAUGCUAGAGUAUUUCUGCAGCAUUUCCUUCGGCUCGUGUACACAGCGGUGCAAAAUGACCAAGCUGAUGAUAAACUCUGGUCAAUGGAGACAGAGUUGUCUCUGAAAGACAACCAACUCUUCAUUCCUCGCAUUCAAGAAUAUGCCGAGCCUAACGACCGUACCAAUUCAACCAGAAGAAAGAUCGUGAAGGAAGUUACGACUAGCACUCAUAUUGUUCAAGUCUGCCCUACUCAGGAUGAACUCGAGCUGAAGGCCAGCUCCAGGGUUCUUUCAGAGCUACUGGGGCUCAAAACAAUCGAUGUUGAACUUUCUUCCUUAGAAUCCAUCAGCCUCCAGCCAUAUCAAGCACCUCAGUUCCUCUGCUUUGGUAGGCAACAGGAUGGCACCCCAGUCAUCGCGCUCUCCGAGGAAAACUCAUCAGUGAUACAAGUUCCAGACUCACAAGUCUAUGCCACAAGCCUCGACGCUGGAAAUCUCGGUGUUAUGUUGGUCAUGUUGAGUGCUCAUGCUUGGCUUCGAUCCGUCCCUCGCGACCAUGCUAUUUGGCUACAUGAUAUUGAUGAAAUUCACGCCAGAGUCAUGGAGACAGAGGCCAAGAAGAAAGGCAUUCAGAUCUUCUUCACUUCAAGCGAUCCGACACACCAUCAAUAUCUUCCAUCGCGGGUACCGGCACGUACACUUAAGUCAAUAAUCCCACAGAAAACCGUGGCAAUCAUCUUCGGAAUCUCAAUCAACCUCAAACAGUGUACAGACCUAUUAUCCACAGCCUCCUCCUUUCUUUCGGUACAUAGACUUCUCAGUGGAUACUUUUAUGAAUGCCCAGCUACUCUAUUAGGAUCUGUAACACCUGAGAUACUUGAUGGCGCUUAUAGAUCUACGCUUGAGAUAUCCCGGUUUACGGACUUUAAAGGGACAAUGCCACUUGUUCCUAUCGAACGGCUGACUGAGAACAAAGGACACACAUCUGCAACUAUCAUUGACUGGAGGUCAAGCAAGAGAACAAAGAUCAAGGCGGAUCUUCAGCCGGUCAAACCACAACAACUUUUCAGGUCUGACAAAACUUAUUUUAUGGUUGGUCUGACAGGAGAUGUGGGAAUUUCAAUCUGUACAUGGAUGGUCAAGCACGGUGUCCGUCAUGUGGUGCUGGCCAGCAGGCAGCCACAGGUUAGCCAGGCUUGGAUUGACUCCAUGGCGGGUCUGGGCGCCAAAAUACUUGUCCUAGCCAUGGACGUCACAAAUGCUGAUCGAAUCGAAGAGGUUGUCGAGGAGAUCUCCAAGACGAUGCCUCCUAUUGCUGGUGUUUGCAACGGUUCGAUGGUUCUGUCCGACAAGCUGUUCAUGCAGAUGGACGUAAGCUCAAUGCAAACCGCUCUCCGCCCGAAAAUUGACGGCAGCAUCAAUCUGGACCGCGCCUUCUCGAAUAUUGAGCUAGACUUUUUCAUCAUGUUAUCUUCUACCGGUAGUGUUAUUGGAACGCCUGGCCAAUCAAACUACCACAUGGCGAAUACCUUCAUGGCUGGACUCGCCGCAGACCGGAGACGCAGAGGCUUAGCUGGAUCUGUCAUUGAUGUUGGCAUGAUCUCGGAUACUGGAUAUGUCACACGUCAAGAUCCCAUUGUCGCCAAAAAGCUGCGCAGUAUGUGCGUUCUCGCUCUCUGUGAAGCGGAAGUCCACACCAUGUUUAUAGAAGGCAUCCUUGCUGGCCGACCGGGUUUCUCAUCACACAGUGAGCUCAUUGCCGGGUUGGCAAUCAGCGAUAACGAAGCAGAGAGACCAUUUUGGGCACCUGAACCACGUUUUGGAUUUUACGUCAAGGACAAAAGGGAUUCAGGAACGGAUAGCAGUGGCCCUUCCAUCCUGGAAGAUCUUCGGGCAGCACUGGAAUCUGCAAGAGACGAGAAGACUGUCCACAGAAAAGUCCUAGAGGCAUUUUCUCAGAGGCUGGAGAGCCUGCUUCAGCUCCCUCAAGGAAGUGCUAAGAUGGAUCUUCCCCUUGUCAGUCUCGGUCUGGACUCUUUGCUUGCUAUGGAAGUCCAGACAUGGUUCCGAAAGGUCCUUGGCACUGAGGUAUCUGUUUUGCAGAUUCUGAGUGGUGCUUCUGGGGAUUCCAUCUGUCAGACGGCUUCAACGUCCAUAUUUGCCAACAAGAACACCGGCAUUGAAAAGGAUGACAAAAGCGUCGCGGUAAAUCAACUGAAUGUUCCUGUUCCCGAGAUCGAUGGAACAUCUGCUCCCAUUACACCGGACAACAGAACAACUCCAGUAACUCCAGAGGCAUUACCAUCAACUCCAAUGACAUCUGUCGGAAGUGAAAGCAGAGAUGAACAGACAGAAAGCUAUUUCAAAGAGAAAGGAAAUCACCGCGUGGUGCAUAGACGGGCGCAGAUGUCAUUUGCUCAAGCGCGCUUGUGGUUCUUGCAGGGAUUCCUGGAGGAUUCCACGACGUACAACGAGACAUCCAUGUAUGAACUUCAUGGUAAUCUUGACAUUGGUCGAAUGAGGAAUGCAUUUCACCAGGUCACCUGGCACCACGAAAUUUUGAGGACAUACUUCUAUACGGAUUCGUCCACCGGGCUACCAAUGCAAGCAGUAACCGCGACGUCGGUAUGCCCCUUUCGUUUCGUCGACAAUGCUUCUGAAGAUACCGUAAUGCAAGAGUACGAAGCUAUGAAGUCAACUCAGUGGGAUCUAGAGGAAGGUGUCUGCUUGGGACUUACUAUUCUCCGCCACUCAAAUCAGCAUCAUACCCUAAUUCUCUCGAGCCAUCAUAUAGCCAUUGAUGGUGUAACUUGGAUCCUCCUUCUGAAAGAUCUAGCCACUGCAUAUGAGGGAAAACGCCUCCCAUCCAUCCCGCAGUAUGUCGACUUUUCAGUCAAACAAAGAUCUAGAGUUGAAAACGGCAGCUGUUCCAAGGAAAUCCAAUUUUGGAAAGAUGAUCUUGCAGGACUGCCUGACGCAUUGCCUCUUUUCCCAAUGUCACAUGCAAAGACACGAAAGGCGACUAACGAGUAUGCAACAACUGUUGUAGACACUGUUCUGCCCAAAGAACUGAUGUCUCGAAUCAGAAAAGCAAGUAGUCAGCUGCACAUCACGCCGUUUCAUUUCCACUUUGCUGUGCUUACUGCCUUGGUGUCUCGACUAUCACAAACCCGCGACGUCUGCAUCGGAGUUGUUGAUACAGGCAGAUCCAGUACUGAGUUCGCGCAAACAGCAGGCUGCUUCAUCAACAUAGUGCCCGUAAGAGUUAACGUUGCGGAAACGGAAACCUUCAGCACACUCAGCAAAAAGUCCUCUUCCAAGAUUCUAUCCUGUCUUACCAACUCAUCGAUUCCCCUCGACGCAUUGCUCGAUGAGCUUCAAAUACCUCGUACUGCUCGACAUAGCCCAAUUUUCCAGGUGAUUAUUAACUACCGACUUGGAAUUCUUGGACUCGACUCGAUUGGCGAAGCUGAGUUAAAGUAUGCCAAGUCUCAAAGCUCAGGCAAUCCGUACGACCUUGGCUUGAACAUCACCGACACCCCAGAGGGAACCUGCAUCAUACACUUGGCUGUUCAAGAUGCACUCUAUUCUAAAGAAGCAGCUCAGUCAAUCAUGGGAUAUUACCAGAGGCUUUUAGACUCUGUGUGCGAAGCUCCUCAUUCUGCCUUAGCCGACCUGUCUAUGCAUUGUCCAACUCAGACCUUCAAAAGUGUCUAUACUGGUCAAGGACGCCGGGUAGAAGACGGAAACCCAAGCACAAUUUCUCGAAAGAUUGAUCAAAUUGUUGAAGCACAUUCAAAUCAGAUUGCCCUUAAAGAUGGCCAAGCUACUUACACAUACCAUGAGCUCAUGCAAAAAGUCGACGACAUAGCUUCAUUCCUUCAAAACAAACGAGUUUCGGAAAUAGAUAGUCCUUUUUACUGUCUGCUAUUUCAGCCCUCUGCAGACUACGUGUGCGCUUUCUUAGCUGUACUCAAAGUUGGAGGUGCCGUCGUCUCACUUGACGCGACAAAUCACCGAGAAAGGCUCGCUAGGAUUUGCAAUGAUUGCAAUCCAGCAGGAAUUCUCUAUCAAAAAUCAACAGAAGAUCUAGCUUUGUGGCUAAGAAAGCCCCAUUCCACCACUUUGGCCAUCGAUACUUCAUCAAUCCCAAAGGCCCUAUCAGCGGUCACCAACAUGUCCGUGCCAAACACACCAGGGGUUCUGUUUUACACAAGCGGCACGACAGGAGCACCAAAGGGAGCAGUUCUCACACAAAGCAAUUACAAAUACAUAAUUGCAGCAUCGUCUCGUGGCCUAGGUGUGCGGACAGGACAAGAGGUGGUGCUCCAGCAGACAGGAUUCAGCUUUGACUUGUGUCCGUUUGAGAUUUUCAUUGCUCUUUCCAACGCAGGCACGCUGGUCAUGGCGUCAAAAGAUCAAAGACGAGAUCCUUCUGCCAUUGUUGAUCUUAUUAACCGAGAACGGGUGACUUUUAUGGCUGGCACCCCCAUCGAAUUCAAGCAUAUCUUCCAACAUGCUCCCGAUGGGCUCAAAAACUCUGAACACUUCCAAAAGGUAGUUGUUGGAGGCGAAAUCUUCACACAACAGCUAGCUAGCCAGUUUAAGCGAACGAUGCCUCCAGGUACCGACGUUUUCAAUGUGUAUGGACCAUCGGAGACUUGCAUUUUUGCAACGUUUGAGCGUGUACAAUACUUGGAAGAUGACUUGAAGGUUAUACCAGUUGGACCAACCUUGGACAACGUCUCAGUCUAUGUCCUUGAUGAGAAGAUGAAUCCGGCACCCGACAGCUGUGCGGGCGAAGUUUACAUCGGCGGCGCAGGUGUCAGUCAAGGAUUCCUUCAUCAGCCAGAGGCAACUUCAAAGGCUUUUCUUUCCGACCCUUUCGCAUCUUCAGAAGAUCUGGCCCGUGGAUGGACGAAGAUGUAUCGCACUGGAGAUUCCGGUUACUUGAAACCCGACGGUUCGCUAGUUGUGCUGGGACGCAUCAAAGGCGACAUGCAAGUAAAGAUCAGAGGAAUCCGUAUCGAGCUUGAAGAUAUCGCAGCCAAUAUUAUCAGUGCUGCCAACGGAAAAAUUGCGGAAGCUGUUGUGACUGUCCGAGGAGAACAUCAGACUUUGGUGGCUUUUGCUGUUCUCAAAUCGGGAGAUGACAUCACGGACGUCGACGAAUACCUUGAGAAACUCCCUGCAAGCCUUCCUCUCCCGGAGUACAUGCGCCCAUCUGUAAUCAUCCCGCUUGAGCAGCUUCCCAUGACUCACAAUGGGAAGCUGGACCGAGCUACGCUGGAGCAAAUACCAAUUCCUCCGAGAAUGAAAGAUCAAGAAAACGAAACGCAGACUCCUUUAGAGCAAGAUCUUUGCCGAAUUUGGGAAACGGUACUCCCAGAUACCAUAACAAAAUCAACAAAAGUCCAGCCAAAUUCCGACUUUUUCCGCCUUGGAGGAAACUCGUUGCUUUUGGUGAAUCUGAGAAAAACUAUCCAAAGGCAGUGGCAGGUUUCGGUGCCCCUUCUUCAACUUUUCGAAGCCAGCACAUUACGUUCAAUGGCGGCUAUCAUUCGGGGAGCAAAAGAAUCUCAGGGUGGCAGCGUUGACUGGGAGUUUUGGGACAACGAAACCCGCUUUGAAAGCAUCAAGGACACUGAGGGUUCCGAGUCAUCUUUCACGCAUAGAGUACCUGACACCAACAGGAGCGUCUUACUUACUGGCCCAAACAAGGGACUGGGCGCAUACCUCCUAAGUCUCUUGAUGGAAGACACGUCUGUUGCCAAAGUACACUGCGUGGCGAUUCCCCAAGAUCAGAAAUCACAACUUCCGAAGAGUGAUAAACUCAUUGUGCACAAUGGCAGCCUUAGUCAAACGGGCCUUGGACUAACAUAUGAAGAGCAGCAGUUGUUGGAAAAAGAGGUCGACUUGAUCAUCCAUGCUGGGGCUGAAGGAUCCUGUUUGAACAACUACGAAUCCAUCCGGGUGCAAAACGUCGAUUCUACAAAGUUCCUUACACGCUUGGCUCUAUCAAGAAGAGUUCCGUUCCACUAUAUCUCAAGUCCUCGAGUUAUAUUGUUCAGUGGCGAAAACUCUUAUCCCGAGCGGUCCAUCUCGGCGCACUAUCCUCCGACAGCUUUGGGAAGGGAAGGAUUUACCUCGACUAAAUGGGCAAGUGAGCGCUUCCUGGAGAACUGCUCCAAGGCGACUGGCUUGCCUGUGUCUAUCCACCGCGCCGGGUAUCUCAUGUCCGAUGAUGCGGACGAGAUGGACGCCGUCAACAUGAUGCACAAAUACUCCGCCAUGCUCAAAGCUGUUCCAUCCUUGGCGACAUUUUCAGGGUUUUUGGACAUGUGCGAGUUACCAACGGCGGCGGCAGCAAUUGCUCACUCCUUUAAGGACGAUGCUGUUGGUACUUCUUAUGGAAGAACUAGGAUACUGCAUCAUACUGAAAACAAUGUGGUGCCAGUUCACGAGUUCCAGACUUAUAUGGAAAGACGGUUCGGGGAGCCUUUUAGGAGUUUGUCUAUGGUGGAGUGGGUAUCACAAGCAGAAGAAAGAGGGAUGAGCCCCAUUUUGGCUGCCUUCUUAGAAGCAGUGGUUGAAAGAGGAGACGAAGCAAGGUAUCCUAGAUUGUUACGUGAAUAA